AUGCCCAAAGUUCUCAUCAUCGGCGCCACUGGCUAUCUCGGCAGCAGACUCUGCAACGUUCUUGUCAAUAGCGGCCAACACAGAGUCUACGGUAUCGCCCGCAAUGAAGCCAAAGCCAAGUCUCUGGCCGUCGCUGAAGUUUCCCCCAUCAUCUGCCCCGACCCUAUCAACAAACCAGAUGCUUACCUCGACGCGAUUCGCAACUUUAACAUUGAUAUCGUUGUUGACGUUUCUGGCGCAAAUCAAAACUCUGCAAAGUUCCUUGCUGAUGUGAAAGCCGUCGGCCAAGAGCGUUUGAACAAGGCCAAAGCGGCUGGUCUCACGCAUACACCUAAGCUUGGGUUCAUUUACUGUUCGGGAACUUGGGUUCAUGGAUCAAGUGAUAAGCUAGUCAACGAUCUUGAGACUGUGGGACCUGAUGCCCCUGCACCACCUGCACCGCUUGUCGCAUGGCGCGUCGCGCAUGAGAACGCUGUUCUUGCCGCCUCUGACGUUCUGGACGUGGCUGUUUUACGUCCGGCACUCAUAUACGGCGGCGAAAGUACUAUCUGGACCGCCUUCAUACUUCCACUCCUUCAUGCUUCCCGAGAUAAGUCAUUGGACACUAUCAAGAUUCCAUUGAGCGCUAACUCUCGCCCCGGGCUUGUGCACGUCAGCGAUGUCGCUACCGGUUUCCAGAAAGCUAUAGAGAAGCUUUCACUUAUCAACAGCACCUCGGUCUAUCCUGUCUUUGACCUUGUGACAAGCCAGGAGAGAAUGUCUGAUAUCUUUACAGCUCUGGCUUCGCACUGGGGAUUCAAGGGACACUGUGAGCUGGUAGGACCAGGCGAUGAUUUGUUCGCGGAGGCCAUGGGAACUAGUCUACGAGGGUCGUCUGACCGGGCGAAGCAGUUACUUGGCUGGGUACCAACGAGACUGAAUGGCUUUGUCGGUGGUAUGGAUAUGUAUGCUGAUGCAUUUGCCGCACAACAUUAG